UCGAUAGCAAAGCGUGUAUUUGAUGUACUGUAAAUAAAAUAAAAGACCUGUGGAAAAAUAUUGCUAUGAAAUGACAGAAGUCUUGUUUAUUAUUAAUUGAUUUUAUAAGAGUGAUUACUUUUAGUUUGAAAGAUGUCGGCUUACGAUCUUAACCAGAAAACAAUCUUCGUACUAGAUCAUACCCAAUAUUUUGGGAUAUCAAGCGAGGAUUACAUUCCCGUAGAAUUACUCAAAGGCAAACCGACUGUCCCCGAAGGAUUAAAUGAGGCAAAUAACUCUUUUGGAGAGGAUGUUCGAUUUAGCAAAAGCUUAUGGACUUGCUCAGUGGAGUCUUCUAUAGAAUACUGUCGUAUAGUAUGGGACCUAUUCCCACGGGGUAAAUUAGUUCGUUUUAUUGUCAGUGACACAGCGGCACACAUUGUCAACACUUGGAAUCUGGCUACACAAAAUAUGUCUCAUGUUUUAAAUGCCAUGGCACUAGUUGGCAUUCCACCAGAAGAUGAAGCGAUGUCGUCAGAAUUUUCGGUGAUACAUGGUUUACGUGCUGCUAUAGAAGCACUAACGGAGCCAACGGAAGCACAGCUUGCACGUCUACAAGAACGCGAAAGAGGUGGAAGUCCAAAUGUGGUACCAAAUAAGGGACGUGUUAUAUGCAUAACUUCUGCACGCGAUAACACUAGUAUGUUAAGCCUGGAAAAUAUAUUCCGUAACGUCGUGAAAGCGCAAAAUGAAUUAGCUGAUAAACAACGCAAAAUGCUAAACAUUGACCUCAGUCAUUUCGUAAUUAUAAAUGUUGUACCUCAGGGUCUUGAGUCACUUGUGACAAACCGCGCCAAGAUGGAAUUUGCGCCAGGAGUAUUUACUGAAAUUCACACUACUAGUGCACCUAAUAUUUCAAAUAAAUUAACACAUCUUAUUAUGAGCCAUUAUGACUUAGCAAGCACUACAGUAACUGGAAUACCCAUGAAAGAAGAACAAAACGCCAAUUCUAGCGCAAAUUAUGAUGUAGAGAUUUUACAUGCUCGAAAUGCCCAUACUUCUAUAUGUGGCAGUGAAGCCCUAUUACCUACAAGCCGUAAAGAAGGAGCUGAAUACGAAACCGUUACUUUGAAGUGGUGCACUCCUAGAGGUUGUGGCUCCUCCGAUAUGCAACCAUGUUUAGCUCAACAUCGUGUAACUCCGGUUGAUGUCACAUCACGGCCAAGCGCUUGUCUCAUUACAUUCUUAUUAAAUGGUCGUUCAGUGUUACUUGAAAUGCCAAGAAAAACUGGUGGAAAAACUACUAGUCAUUUACUCUCGGCACGUGGUGGUGAAAUCUUCAUACAUGCUUUACAAAUCACACGUUCCUGUCUUGAAGACCUACCGUCAAUAUCAGAAGGACCAGGUGGACGUGUAACCGAUUAUCGUAUAUCUGAUUUUGCAUCUUUUAUUAAAGCCCAUCGCUUUGUACCACUCAAAGUGAAGCCGAAGACUGAGGAAAACCUGAGCAAAGCUCGCGACCGACUUCAACGACGCUCACGCUAUUUUCCACUCACACUUAACUCCAGUUUAAUAUUUAAUUUACAGCGAAACCUUAACUGGGUGCCAUUUUUUUUACGCAAAAUUAGCAAAGAAGAUAUGGAUAAAGCUGAUGAGGCGCAAUGUCAACAAUAUAUUUUUGAGCUUUACACUGCUGCGUCACGAGGGGAACCUCUACCAUUCCCAAAUAUGGGUGUUGGACGGUUAAAAGGAUCAAAAAAGGGUGAUCAGUACAAGUUGUUAUGUGCCGAAUUAGAACUGUUGAUACGUGCCUAUGCAACAACCCCACAUCACAAAGUCAUUUUAGAGAGUGUGCAAAAUGUGCGCGCUGCCUGUGGAGAUGCUACAGUUAAAACAGAAAAUGACGGAAGCCGUGACUCAACUACUAAAGCUGUAAUGCGUGAUUCCCCCAUGUCGCCUCCGCAUUCAAUGGACAGCAGCAGUAGUAGCAUCGGAGUGCAUAAAGCCCACAAACGUGCUCUCAGUGGUGGACAACGAUCCCUUUUGGACAUUGUCACUAGCACCGAACGUAGUCAGUCUGCGAAACGAGUUGAUUUUUCAGGUCGUCUUUGUACACCCGCCGGACAAGUGGCAAAAUUAUACCCAGACUUCGGAAAUAAAGAGAAAGAUGCUAGCUCUACAACUUCCACCACAACUGCCGUUAAGGACGAAAACUUAGUCAUUAAAUCAGAAUUGGGUUCUCGAAAUUAAACUCAAAAAUAUUUAAUCAGUAAUAAACAAAGUUUGAUAUAAAAAAUGUAUAAAUUGAAGAGUUGACUUAUAACAAUAGCAAAUUUAAAAAUUUAACUGUGUUUAAUCAAAAUCCUUUCAUGUUAAACACAUAACUGCAUAUAAAUAAAAAUGGUUUGUAAACUGAAACUGAACUAAACUCAAAACAGGUUAAUUAAUUUCGAAAUUAAGAAAGCUAGUUAUACAAGAAUGAUCGACUAUCUACAUUUUACAACUUUUAACCGUUACCUUUCACGUCCGCAUAUAAUAUCGAAAAAAUCAGAAGAUAAUAAAUUUAUAUC